CCGAACAACAUGAAGAAGCGUCUUAUCAGAUACGUUAUGGCGAUAUAGAUAAACAAGCGUCGCUCGGUAGGGUCUUCGUUACCGAUUCCCAAAAGAAGGAUGCAGUCGAAAAUGAUAAUGCGGAUCAGAAAUUCGUUUAUACGCCAACCAAGGGGGAGCAAAGCUUAUCAGGAAAGCAGACCGUUUAUCGAAAGCCAGAAUAUCUAAACAAGGUACAGCAAAGUGUAUCAGAUGGAAACAGAAUCUUGUUUCAAAAGCCAGAAUAUCCCGAGGUUUCACUUGGUUCUUCAUCGGAAAGCGAUGAUGCUAAAGCAGAUGCAGGACAGUUAAAUCGGACGGAUUAUCCCGAACAAUAUCAAAAAGGCUCUUAUCAGAUACGUUAUGGCGAUAUAGAUAAACAAGCGUCGCUCGGUAGGGUCUUCGUUACCGAUUCCCAAAAGAAGGAUGCAGUCGAAAAUGAUAAUACGCAUCCGAAAAUCGUUUACGCGCCAAGCAAGGGGGAGGAAGGCUUAUCAGGAAAGCAGACCGUUUAUCGAAAACCAGGAUAUCUAAACAAGGUGCUGCAAAAUGUAUCAGUUGGCCAGAAUAUGGCCAUCCGUAAUGGUGGUGCAGUUGUAUGGUGA